AUGGCGACCGCCUACAUAUGUCCAAUGUGUGUUUUCAAUUGUGACAAUCUACCUGAUCUAGAGCAGCAUCUCGAAGCUCAUGAGAACAAUCUCAUUCAAUCACCUGCAAAACAACAAUCACAACAGGCAAAUAAAGCCAUUCGAAAUAGUCCACUCUAUGCUAAACCUCAAGCGCAACCAGAGAAUCAUUCACCGAUUAAUACUUCUCAUUCACCAUUGAAUUCUUCGCCCGUUCGUUCAUCACCCAAUAAAAGUUAUGAUAGACGAUAUUCAUGUAAAUCAUGCCCAUUCUCCACGCACAGUGUCAAAGCAUAUUUUAAUCAUCGACAAAUGGCACAUGAUGAGCAACUUAUCAUCACGGAAUGUCCAUUCUGUGAUUAUGCGAGUCAAUAUCCGGGCAAGGUGAAGAAACAUUUAACCGAUGAACAUCCGAUGCAGCAGAUGUCCAAAGAUGAAUCAACAGUACAAUCAAAUCGUCUAUCAGCACGUGGAAAUUCAAUCAAUAAUACCAUUGAACAAAAUGGAAAAAACAAUUCGAACGCAGCAGGAAUGAAAUUCACUGAUUGUCCGUUCUGUUCGUUUACAUCAGUUGAGCCUGAAGCGUUUCGUAAACAUGUUCUUACUAAUCAUCUAAUCGAUAAAAAUUUUCGUUGCCUUAUCUGCAAUCGACUCUAUCGAUACCGAGGCGACUGUUCAUUUCAUAUUCGGAAAAAACAUUCGGAUCACAUGAUUGGAGAUAAUAUCGAAUCUUUACGCGAAUACAUUGGUGAAUUUCAACCGAAUCUAAUGUCGAUUGAGGAAUUGAGAGAACUACUCUCAUGUCCAUUGACUCCAUCAUUAGCAUCAUUAUCAUCCAAUGGAACGCCAACUCAGUCUCGACAAUCGUUAACUCAGACAAACAAUGCUGGACAUGCAUUUCGUUGUGGUUAUUGUACGUUUUCCUCAGCUAAUUCUGGCGAUGUGAAAAAACAUCAAACGUGGAAACAUGCGAAUCUAGCAUCGAAUAUUUUACCAAUGGAUUCCAAUAAUAAUGAACAGCAAUCAGCUGUGGUCAGUGCAAAACGAAAACGAGUUCAAAGUACAAAGAUAAGCAAUAAUGAAGAAGAAGAUGGGCCAACUAUACGACGACCGAGAAUAUCUAUGCCAUCGCAACGUCCUUUAACAAUCGAUACAUCUUCAAUGUUGAAUGCAGACGAUGAUUCACCACCAAGAGAUCUACUUUCACCUAAUGAACCUGGCAUGUCGAUAAACGAAUCUGAACAACUAUUAAAUAGGAAUACAACUACUCAAAAUCAACUAUCUGCCAUUGGAGCACUAUCAUCACGUGUCUAUAAAUGUAUACGUUGUGAACGUUUAGCACCAAACCGUUGGAUUAUUGAACGACAUAUACGUGCGAAGCAUCCUUGUGAUUUGAACAAUAUGUCCGAUGUGAUUAUUGAAGUUGAUAAAUCAUUAACUUUAGCGACUACCAACGGUGAACCGAUGACGGCAACAAAAGCUUCAAUGUCAUCUGAGAAAGAUAAUUUAACUGUAACGAUACCAAAGGCGUUCUCGUGUUCGGCAUGUUCACUUCAAUCCUACAAUCUUUGGGUUAUUCUUCGACAUAUUCGAAAUGCGCAUGAAAAUGACGGAUCUAAUGCUAAAAUUAUUGAUAAUAUAAAUAAUCAAAUUAUUGAAGAUAAUGAUAAUAUGGAAUCAGAUACUCCUGCUAAUAGUGUUCCAUCACAUACUGCACUAAUAAAUUCAGAUGAAGAUCAUGAAGAAACCGAAAAUCAGCAAACUGAUGUAAAUAACGAAGAAAUGCUUAAACAAUUAAUUAAUACAGCAAUGGCAUCAAGAAAAACCAAUGCGUCAAAUAACAUUUUGGAAAAUCUUCCAGCAUCAAUAAUGAAUAAUAACGUUGCAGCAUCACUUGCUACUCUACUCGGACAGCUAACUAAUAAACCAUUACCUCAACAAGCACUUCAUAAUGAAAAGGCUCCUUUAGUGAAGCGAUAUAAAUGUUCACUCUGUUCUCAUGUAUCAGCGUGGGGAGGCAAUGUUAAGAAGCAUUUGAAACGCAUGCAUCCAACUGAUUACUCAGGUCAUGUGAUUGAUCUUAGUUUAGAAGGAGCUACUGCUGCUGCUAAUCAUUUGUCACUAUUAUCAAAUAAAGACGAACUUGAAGAGCAACAAAUUCUCACAACAAAUACAAAUAAAAUGCAAGUAGCUAAUGAAAAUGGUCGGCAAUCGUACCAUCAGUCAACUGAUCUAAUCAAUACUAAACUGAAGGAUAUUGAUAAUUCUCCUUCAUUUGCGCCUGUAACAUCAACAAAUUCAUCUCAAUCAACUCGUCCCGAGCGUCUGUAUGGAUGUUCCGCCUGUUCAUAUGAAUGUACGAAUCCUUCCAAUAUUCAUCGUCAUGUGGAAGAAUGUACGAAUCCUUCCAAUAUUCAUCGUCAUGUGGAAGUUCACUGCGGAGAUGAUGGCGGCGGUUUUCAAUGUUCACAAUGCUUUUUUCUCUCAAAAUGGCGUGCAAGUAUCCGCAAACAUAUGAUAUCCACACACGGUAGUAGUUUAGCAUCGCUGACCAACGUGCUCGAGCCAAUAACAAUCAACAAAUCUGAUGAUGCUACUGUCAUUGUUAAGAAAUGGUUAGUUCAUGAGAAUGGUAAUAAACACGAAGAUGAUCUGAAUAAUAAUAGUACACAUACAAUGGAUAUUUCAAUAUACUAUUGUUCGUCAUGUCCAUAUACAACUAAUAAUCGAACAUCGUUUGAACAACAUGUUAUUCAUCAUACUUUGUCGAAAGCUGAUGACGACAUAUACACAUGCUCGUUUUGUACAUUCAAUACGAAUGAGAAGGAUUCAUUUAAUGACCAUCAAAUGUUACACAUUAUGAAAGAAGAUUUCCAUGAAGAUGCGACAGCAAAUGCCGUUGAAAAUACGGUUAUAUAA